CGGGAGUUAAUCCGAAAGCGCCGCAAACCCCACGGGCCGGCCGGGCCGCACGUGUCACCGAGAAGCUGAUGUAGAGAGAGAGAGAGAAAGCAAGAGACCAGAGUCCCGGGAAAGUCCUGCCGCGCCUCGAGACAGUUAUAAAAUUGUGGCCCCCUGGGCCAGCCUUGCAGCCACCGACCUCACCUGCCGCGGCCACAGGUCAGCAUCCAGCGGCUCGCCCAGUGUCCCUGCAGUGCCGGCCCAGCAUGUGCCCAGCGCGCAGCCUCCUCCUUGUGGCCACUCUGGUCCUCCUGGACUGCCUCAGCUUGGCCAGAAACCUCCCCGUGGCCACCCCAGACCCAAGAAUGUUCCCGUGCCUUCACCACUCCCAAACCCUGCUAAGGGCCGUCAGCAGCAUGCUCCAGACGGCCAGACAAACUCUAAAAUUUUACCCUUGCACUUCUAAAGAGAUUGAUCAUGAAGAUAUCACAAAAGAUAAAACCAGCACAGUGGAGGCCUGUUUACCACUGGAAUUAACCAAGAAUGAGAGCUGCCUAAAUUCCAGAGAGAUCUCUUUUAUAACUAAUGGGAGUUGCCUGGCCUCCAGAAAGACCUCUUUUAUGAUGGCCCUGUGCCUUAGUAGUAUUUAUGAAGACUUGAAGAUGUACCAGGUGGAGUUCAAGGCCAUGAAUGCAAAGCUCCUGAUGGAUCCUAAGAGGCAGAUCUUUCUAGAUCAAAACAUGCUGGCAGUUAUUGACAAGCUGAUGCAGGCCCUGAAUUUCAACAGUGAGACUGUGCCACAAAAAUCCUCCCUUGAAGAACCGGAUUUUUAUAGAACUAAAACCAAGCUCUGCAUACUUCUUCAUGCUUUCAGAAUUCGGGCAGUGACCAUUGACAGAGUGAUGAGCUAUCUGAAUGCUUCCUAAAAAGCGAGGUCCCUCCAGACCAUUGCCAUUUUUAUGAGAAUUUGAAAUGAAGAAAUUUUGAUAAGGAUGUGGAUUAAGAACUAGGGAGGGGGA